ACAAACCUGAAAUUAAUCUUUGUAACCCAUUACAGCCUGGGAGGGACCGAAACCCGGUCACUCUGGGAUCCCCACAAGUAGAGGGUACAUCACCUGAACCCUUUGAUUUCACCGCGGGUGGCUCCCAGCUCCGUUCUCCACCGGAGCGCUCCAAGCCCCCACGCCGUGGCCCAAGGCUCCCCCUGCCCGCCGGCCCCCCGGCGCACCGCCCAGCUGCUCCUUAGCGCUCGGCCACGCCCCUCGGGCCACGCUCAGCUCACCCUGCCGCAACUAGCCCGCGCCUCUGCGCCUUCUCAGGCCCCUCCUCUUUCGGUCGAGCCCUUCACGUCUCCUAGGCCCCAUUCUUACCCUUUGGAAUGCCUUUCGUAGGACCCCCCUCCCCCUUUCUACCCCUUUCCGCGUUUUAUUUCUCCCAGACUUGUGCCUGCGUUGGCUCUGCGGGGACGUCCCUGCCACUUUGGGUGACCCCUGUCCCUCCUCCGCAGAAGAGCGGACUCGCACCACCGUCCUAGCCCGGGGAGGGAGUAGAGUGAAUCUUCGGCGCCCGUUUUACGACAGCGUGCGGCUGCGCGGCGCGGCUGACGGCAACGCCGCGCGCGCUGCUCUUGGAGAGGUCACUCCGGAGACGGCGUUGGUUUUGGGGUGUGGGGGGUUGGUGGCACUAUGUGGCGCGUCUGUGCUCGAGGGGCCCAGAAUGUAGCCCCGAGGACAGGACUUGGGGCUCGGUGGACGGCCUUGCGGGAGGGACCAGAAGCUCCAUGUGUGACCCCGCGAUCUGUCCCGGCUCGGGUUCGUUGUCAGAGCGUGAGCACAGGGUAUGGUGGGGUCCGGGCACUGUGCGGCUGGACCCCCAGCUCUGGAAUCACGUCGCGGAACCACUUACUGCUGCAGCUUUUUGGAUCGACCAGCCGCCGCUGUUACAGUCUCCCCCCGCAUCAGAAGGUUCCAUUGCCUUCUCUUUCCCCCACAAUGCAGGCAGGCACUAUAGCCCGUUGGGAAAAAAAAGAGGGGGAAAAAAUCAAUGAGGGUGACCUAAUUGCAGAGAUUGAAACUGAUAAAGCCACGGUUGGAUUUGAGAGCCUGGAGGAGUGUUACAUGGCAAAGAUACUUGUUGCUGAAGGUACCAGAGAUGUUCCAGUUGGAGCAAUCAUUUGUAUCACAGUUGGAAAACCUGAGGAUAUUGAGGCCUUUAAAAAUUAUACGUUGGAUUCUUCAGCAGCACCUCCCCCGCAAGCAGCCCCAGCACCAACCCCUGCUGCUCCUUCACCACCUACACCUUCUGCUCAGCCUCCUGGUAGCUCAUAUCCCACUCACAUGCAGGUACUUCUUCCUGCCCUCUCUCCCACCAUGACCAUGGGGACAGUUCAGAGAUGGGAGAAAAAAGUGGGUGAGAAGCUGAGUGAAGGAGACUUAUUGGCAGAGAUAGAGACUGACAAAGCCACUAUAGGUUUUGAAGUACAGGAAGAAGGUUAUCUGGCAAAAAUCUUGGUCCCUGAAGGUACAAGAGAUGUCCCUCUAGGAACUCCACUUUGUAUCAUUGUAGAAAAAGAGGCAGAUAUAGCAGCAUUUGCUGACUAUAGGCCAACUGAAGUAACAGAUUUAAAACCACAAGCACCACCACCUACCCCACCCCCAGUGGCCACUGUUCCUCCAUCUCCCCAACCUUUAACCCCUACUCCUUCAGCCCCCUGCCCAGCUACUCCUGCCGGACCAAAGGGAAGGGUGUUUGUUAGCCCUCUUGCAAAGAAGUUGGCGGCAGAGAAAGGGAUUGACCUUACACAAGUAAAAGGGACAGGACCAGAUGGUAGAAUUACCAAGAAGGACAUUGACUCUUUUGUGCCUACUAAAGCUGCUCCUGCCCCAGCAGCUGCUGUGCCUCCCCUGGGUCCAGGAGUGGCGCCAGUUCCUACAGGUGUCUUCACAGAUAUCCCAAUUAGCAACAUUCGUCGAGUUAUUGCACAGCGAUUAAUGCAAUCAAAGCAAACCAUACCUCAUUAUUACCUUUCUGUUGAUGUAAAUAUGGGAGAAGUUUUGUUGGUACGGAAAGAACUUAAUAAGAUGUUAGAAGGAAGAAGCAAAAUUUCUGUCAAUGACUUUAUCAUAAAAGCUUCAGCUUUGGCGUGUUUAAAAGUUCCUGAAGCAAAUUCUUCUUGGAUGGACACAGUUAUAAGACAAAAUCACGUUGUGGAUGUCAGUGUUGCAGUCAGCACUCCUGCAGGUCUUAUCACACCUAUUGUGUUUAAUGCACAUAUAAAAGGACUGGAAACCAUUGCUAAUGAUGUUGUUUCUUUAGCAACCAAAGCAAGAGAGGGUAAACUACAGCCACAUGAGUUCCAGGGUGGCACUUUUACAAUAUCUAAUUUAGGAAUGUUUGGAAUUAAGAAUUUUUCUGCUAUUAUUAACCCACCUCAAGCAUGUAUUUUGGCAAUUGGUGCUUCAGAGGAUAAACUGGUUCCAGCAGAUAAUGAAAAAGGAUUUGAUGUGGCUAGCAUGAUGUCUGUUACACUCAGCUGUGAUCAUCGGGUUGUAGAUGGAGCAGUUGGAGCCCAGUGGCUUGCUGAGUUUAGAAAGUACCUUGAAAAACCUAUCACCAUGUUGUUAUAACUAACUCAAGAAUUUCUAGACUCUCCCUGGUGACAUUGAUUCAUUCUUAUCAAGAUAUUUAUCUGUUAUGAAACAGUUUGUUCUUUUCGUUUUAAAGUUAACCAGUUAUUUUUAUUAUUGAGUCUGUCCAGAUAAGUUAUUUGUAAUGAGCAUCACUGAAUUUUUAAAAUGUCAGUCACACCCAAAUAAUACGCACAUUUGAUAAUUACAUACCUGAUUUUAAGCUGUGUACCCCUAGUCAGGGGACAUGUGGCCUACCCCUUUGGUGAUAGGUACUUCCACUAGGAAAUGUAGUAUGAGUAGUAUUGUGGUUCCCUAGAGACAGGUACCUAAAAGAAACCUGGAUGAAACCUUGGAGUCCUGAAGUUUAAUUGCCUAAAUUAAUUGCUUAGAUGUGAGAGAAAGAGAAGUCAGGAAAAUUAGUUCUUUUGGAGGACAGGUUUCAAUUGAAGCUUGAGUUUCAAAUUUACCCCUGGUUUAAAUUUUUCUGUUACAUAAUCUUGGUUUAUCAUGGCUGGGAAGGGUAAAGAAUUUAAAGGAAAGUAAGUGACAUUUUAAAAUUCAACAUUUUCUUAGAUUUCUUCAAUUAUUGUUUAUUUUUCUAUGAAUCCCUAAAUGGUUGUUUUCCCCUCUUGAGAUGAUAUAAAUAUAAACUAGCUACUUGGUAUACAUGAGAAUUUGUGUGGGUAUUUAUUUAAACUUAAAUGUGUAAUUCUGAGUACAGAAUUCUAUAGUUGCCUCCAAAUAAAAGAACAUGCUCAUAGAAUUUAAUAGAAGUUGUGAAAGUAGAAUUUCCCCUCUAAGAUUAACUGGUAGUUGAUUGCAAAUGAACCAAAUUACCAGAAUUUAUUACUCAAAUAACUCUGGAAAACUCUUGUCAAAUAACUAUGGAAUAUAUAUGGAAUAAGUGUACAUAUGUAAAAUAUGGUUACUAGAGUUGUAUAUGUGCCAAAGUCCAUUUAUCACCAAGUCCUAUCAGAAAAGAAGACAGGGAGAGAUACAGUGAUAAACAGUUUAGAGUACUAAAAAAUGUCCAAUACAAAAAUGGUCAUUUCUACUUGGAUAAAGCCAAAAAAGUUAAAUGUACAUUAAAAAAGUAUUCUGUGGAAACUCAGCAUUGUCUCAUGUAAAAUAAGAAGGCCCUGAAAUCCUGUUGGAAAGAAAAAAUUAAGUCAUUACCUUAUCAGCCUAAAUACUUAUUUUCAUUUUUUUGUUUUUGUCUUUCUUUUGGAGGGAAGGAGGAGGUGAUAUUCAGGAUAAUAAAAAUGAAUUGGGAACAUGAUCACAAUUCCAGACUUUCUACUGAUGUGUUUUAAUACAUGUUUGGAAUUAUUUGUGACUAUUUAAAAUAAAUCUGACUAGUGCUUUCUUGUA